AUGCCCUUCCUACCUCCCGCAAGAUCAGAUCUCACACCGGUCCUGAAAGAUUUAUUGGAAAAAAAAGACCUUGAACUAGUCCUAAUGGAUCUCCUAAACAGCCUAACUAGACGCCACGAGCUCACCUGCGUCGCAAUAAUAUGCGAUCCAAUUUAUUUGAACGUGUUUGAAGGCGCGCUGUUCAAAAAGACGAUGUCUGUGCCAUUCGUAAUGAUAGUGGUAGAAGAACACGAGGACCUAUUAUCACCAAAUUUUAACACUCUGGAGUCUUUAAGAGAAGCUAGAAGAGAUGGUUGCAAUAUGUAUGUUGUCUUCUUGGCGAAUGGACUUCAAGUUAGCAGGUUGCUGAAAUUUGGAGACAGACACCGAAUAUUGGAUACCAGAGCAAAAUACAUAAUUCUCCACGACUUUAGACUCUUUCAUAGCGAGCUUCAUUACCUCUGGAAACGUAUAGUCAACGUAAUUUUCGUUCGCCACUAUAAGAAAAUCCUUGGCAACAUUAAGAGCAGAGCUUGGUUCGAUUUAACCACGGUACCUUUCCCUAACCCUAUUCGAGGUGUCUUGGUGCCACGAAGAGUUGAUAUUUGGAAGAACGGGAAGUUUCACUAUAAUAGAGUCCUCUUUGCCGAUAAAACAAGGAAUUUGAAUGGAGAAAUCUUGAAUGUUGUGUAUUUGGAUCACGUGCCUUCGGUUGUUAUUUUGAAGAGUAAUGAGAGUGGUAAGAUUGGUGGUGUUGAAAUUGAGAUCCUCAACACUUUAGCUGGCAAAAUGAACUACAACGCCAAGCUAUACCAGCCAGUAAACAUUGAGCUCUACAAAUGGGGUCAUAUGCAAAGCAACGGCUCCUUCUCAGGGCUUCUUGGUGAAAUGGUCAACGGUAAAGCAGAUGUGGCCCUUGGCAAUCUGCAGUACACGCCUUAUCACUUGGAUUUAAUGGACUUGAGCAUACCUUAUACGUCGCAAUGCUGGACUUUCUUGACUCCAGAGGCACUGACUGAUAAUUCUUGGAAAACCUUGAUCCUACCUUUUAAACUCUACAUGUGGGUAGCCGUGCUUUUGGUACUGCUAAUAACAGGGUCAAUAUUUUACGGCCUAGCAAAGUUCUACAUGAAUCUUCUAGAUUUGAAGGAUAAGGAUCGCAGAAGCACUCCUGGUUUCAACGAAAAAGGAGAUGAUACUGACUCAAAACCUGGGUUGUACCUGUUUGGCGAAAUAAUUAACAGCAUUCUUUACACGUAUGGAAUGUUACUCGUCGUCUCUUUACCCAAGUUGCCUACUGGCUGGUCUAUAAGACUGCUCACUGGGUGGUACUGGCUAUACUGUAUUCUGCUUGUCGUGUCGUAUAGAGCUAGUAUGACUGCGAUAUUGGCGAAUCCAGCGCCGAGGGUCACUAUUGAUACUUUGAGGGAACUGGUUGAUAGCAAGGUAACCUGUGGAGCCUGGGGCAUAGAAACGAAGAAAUUCUUCGAAGAUUCCCACGACGACAUUGGCCAGAAAAUUGGCCAGAGAUUCGAAACAAUCGAUGAUCCUAUGGACGCCGCAAACAAAGUCGCACGAGGAACUUACGCGUAUUACGACAACGCAGAUUUCCUAAAAUACAUAAGCGUUAAGAGAAAAAAUACCUCCAUGCCUAUGGAAGAGUUCGAAAAUUCCACAAUGAACGGUACAGAAACAAUCGAAGUUACGAAUACAGAAAGAAACUUGCAUAUUAUGACGGACUGCGUUGUCAAUAUACCAAUAUCGAUUGGGUUUCACAAGAACUCCCCUUUAAAACCAUUAGCUGAUAUUUAUUUGAGGCGGAUUGUCGAAGUUGGUUUGGUGGAGAAAUGGUUAAACGAUGCCAUGUACUCCAUACGAACUCUGAACACGGUAGACGACGAAAUAAAAGCUCUAAUGAACUUGAAAAAGUUGUACGGGGCUUUUGUGGCAUUAGGUAUAGGUUAUCUUGUAAGUUCUAUAGUGCUUAUUGCAGAAUUAAUUCACUGGCACUUGAUCGUGAAAAGGGAUCCAAAUUUUGAUAAGUAUGCAUUAGAUUUGUACUAUAUGAGUAAGACAAAAAAACAGUAA